AUGGCGACUAAGCGCAAGGCCUCGGCGAUGGGCGCAGGUGCUGACGAUGAACCGGUGGACCCGUCUGAUGAGCUGGCAUUCUACUGUCUGGGUGGAGGUAAUGAGGUCGGACGAUCAUGUCAUAUCAUCCAAUACAAGGGCAAGACAGUCAUGCUUGAUGCUGGUAUGCAUCCGGCCAAAGAAGGCUUCUCGGCCCUCCCCUUCUUUGACGAAUUCGAUCUAAGUACCGUCGAUAUUCUCUUGAUCAGCCAUUUCCACGUUGACCAUUCCUCUGCACUUCCAUACGUCCUCAGCAAGACGAACUUCAAAGGUCGUGUCUUCAUGACCCAUGCGACAAAGGCCAUCUAUAAAUGGCUGAUCCAAGACAACGUCCGUGUCAGCAAUACAUCUUCUUCCUCCGACCAACGCACCUCAUUAUAUACGGAACGUGAUCACCUUUCAACUCUUCCCCUCAUCGAGACGAUCGACUUCAACACGACACAUACCAUCAACAGCAUCAGGAUUACACCAUUCCCAGCUGGCCAUGUGCUGGGAGCCGCGAUGUUCCUCGUAUCGAUUGCGGGAUUGAAUAUCUUGUUCACAGGUGAUUAUUCCCGUGAAGAAGACCGGCAUUUGAUCCCCGCAGAGGUUCCCCGGGGCAUUAAGAUCGAUGUCCUGAUCACCGAGUCCACAUUCGGUAUUUCUUCCAACCCUCCACGACUGGAACGCGAAGCAGCGCUUAUGAAAUCCGUCACGGGAAUUUUGAAUCGUGGAGGACGAGUCCUGAUGCCUGUCUUCGCUCUUGGUCGAGCACAGGAGUUGCUCCUCAUUCUCGAGGAGUACUGGGAGCGGCACCCCGAGUUGCAAAAAGUUCCCAUCUACUACAUUGGUAACAUGGCCAGACGAUGCAUGGUCGUUUACCAGACAUAUAUUGGUGCCAUGAAUGACAAUAUCAAGCGGCUCUUCAGGCAGCGCAUGGCCGAGGCUGAAGCAAGUGGAGACAAGAGCGUGACCGCAGGCCCAUGGGACUUCCGUUUCGUCCGAAGCCUGCGCAGCCUGGAGCGAUUUGACGACGUAGGAGGCUGCGUGAUGAUUGCCUCCCCGGGUAUGCUUCAAACCGGUACGAGUCGUGAGCUCCUCGAGAGGUGGGCACCAAGCGACCGCAACGGUGUUGUCAUGACAGGCUACAGUGUGGAAGGAACCAUGGCCAAGCAACUGCUUAACGAGCCAGAGUCUAUCCCCGCCAUCAUGUCGAAGGUUUCAUCCGUGCAAGGCCGCGGUCGUGUACCGGGAGGCAAUGACGAGGACCAAAAAGUGAUGAUCCCACGUCGAUGCACAAUUGAUGAGAUUAGCUUUGCCGCACAUGUUGAUGGCGUGGAAAAUCGCAAUUUCAUUGAAGAAGUGGCUGCACCCGUUGUGAUUCUCGUGCACGGGGAGAAGCAUCAGAUGAUGCGAUUGAAGUCAAAACUUCUCUCCCUCAACGCCCAGAAAACUAUCGCCACCAAAGUCUUCACCCCCGCUAACUGCUCUGAACUGCGUAUUCCGUUCCGAAAAGACAAGUUCGCCAAGGUUGUUGGCAAGCUCGCGGAGAUGGCUCCUCCGUCUGAGCAAGACGACGGCAAGCUGAUGGCCGGCGUACUGGUUCAGAAUGGGUUCGACCUGUCCCUCAUGGCUCCAGAUGACCUUCGUGAAUAUGCUGGUCUGACAACCACCACCAUUACCUGCAAACAACACCUAACUCUUAGCUCCGCAAGCAUGGAUCUUAUUCGAUGGGCGCUCGAAGGUACUUUUGGGGCUAUCGAGGAGGCUGGGUCAAAGGUGAAGAAAGAAGGGAAGAAGGCUACAAAUGGCGAUGCUUUCGGCUCCAAUGAUCAGGAGGCGGCGGAUGAAGAGAUUCUCAUGGAGGAAUCCCGAACAUACUUGGUCAUGGGCUGUGUUACCCUCCACUACCACCCGCGAACUCGCGAGAUCGAACUUGAGUGGGAGGGAAACAUGAUGAACGACGGUGUUGCUGAUGCUGUCAUGGCUGUGCUUCUCACAGUGGAGAGCAGCCCUGCCUCUGUGAAACAAUCCGCAAAGAACAAGCACCACCACCAUCAUCACGACGAUGAAGAGAUUCCAGCUCCCCGCAACCCCCAUGCCUAUCUUGGCCCUGAAGACCGACUUGCGCGUCUUCUUAUGAUGCUCGAAGCGCAGUUUGGCUCUGAUAUCGGACCCAUCGAGCGCCCUCGUGUCCCGGCAGAUCUUGUUAACGGGACAACCGAAACCGCAGAGGAGGUCAAGGAAGAACGUCUUGCAGACAUUGAAUCCGCGGAGCUAGACCGCCUCCACGCGCUUGGCAUCCCCGUACCUGGUCUGGAAAUCAAGAUUGAUAAGCAUGUUGCUCGUGUCUGGCUCGAGACUUUGGAGGUGGAGUGCGCCAAUGCUGUGCUCCGUGAUCGUGUGCGCGUCGUCGUGGAAAGGGCAGUCGAGACUGUCGCUGGGCUGUGGGCCCCAAUUUCCAUGCCCAAAGAGGUUGUCGCCAAUGGUUCUGCGAAAGUGCAGAAUGAAAUUGAUGCUGCCGCGAAGAAGGCCGCUGCUAUUGAAGCUUAG